AUGUCCGCCCUCAGAGUGUCGGAACAUCACCUCCGGCGCCCCUGCGAUCGCUGCCGCCAACGGAAGUCACGAUGUAUAAAAGAGCCCGGAAAGGAGAAUUGCGCAUUUUGCAACCUGAAUAAUGUGACUUGCACAUUUCUACAUGGACCCCGACCGCGGAUAAAGGUUAGAAGUCCACCCAGUGUAACGGAAACGAAACCCACGCGCCACUCUUCUCCAACAUCAUCAACGGCUGGAUCCAAUGAUGAGAAAGAUGCAGCCGGACCGAUCAAUUCCCGACUAGAGGGCACAUUAGGCCUGGAGCUACAUUUACAUUCCGAGUACGUCGGUCCCGCAAGUUAUCACGACCCGGAGCUUCUCGACCUUCGACAUUCUGCCGUCUCUUUCGCUGAACACGAAGUCUUCUACCCACGACGCGUGAAUCAAUCCACAGCGUUUAUCACCUAUCCUGACAAGAAGUCAGCCUCAGAGGUGCAACGCAUCGACGACCUCGAUCGAAUCGAGGGCGCCAUCAGACCGUUUGGCCCGCCGUUGGUAAACCUCUAUUUCCGCAUUAUCCACCGAACAUUCCCCAUCCUCGACAAAGGUGUCUUUCUUGAGAAAUACGCUCGAUCUUACCGCGAGUUCUCACCACCCCUGCUCGCUGCUGUCUACCUUAUUGCUCUUGAUUGGAAGCUCUUCGAUCGAACGCUCGCCACCGCGCCCCAGCCACCGAACGUGGAUGCCCUGAAGGACCUCUCAAUGAGGGCAAUGUUUGAUGAUCUCAAGCGCCCAAAGCUCUCUACAUUACAAGCCGGCCUCUUGCUCAUGCAGAGAAUUCUGCCUUCUCACAGCACUCUCCCAGCUCAAUUACUGUCCAUAGGGCAAACGGUGGGUAUUCAUCUCGACUGCUCGGACUGGAAAAUUCCGGAAUGGGAGAAAGGUCUGCGGAGACGGCUGGCUUGGGCGCUCUACAUGCAAGAUAAGUGGGGUGUACUCGUUCAUGGCCGUCCGUCUCUCAUCAACGACCAAGUUGGCGAGGACGGAGGACCAAGUGAUUGGGAUGUCCGCGACUGUACGCUCGAAGACUUCACAGAAGAGGGACCCGGCGAAAAUCAGAGCGGAGAUGGGGAAGUGGACGCAGCCUCAGGACAAGCGGCGUUCCUGCAAUCUAUCAAGUUGACCAAGAUUUACAGUCGGAUUAUCUCGACAUUUUAUUCAGUCGGCGCAACAAAAAGAGGCGGACUAUUGGACCGCAUAGGGCCGUCCGGCGCGAUGACGUUGGCGAAGCCACUCGCGAUAGAGCUACAUGAAUGGCACGCUGCUGUUCCCCCAAGCCUCCGUUUGGAAUCUUCAACAUCUCUACGACUGUCGACGAGCGGCGCCCUUCAUCUCUCGCAUAUGGCUGUCGAGUUGACUAUUCAUCGCGCGCUUUUACGCACCCUGACAACCAAUACCGCGCCGUCCCUUCGGUCAACUAUCCGAACGGCAGCACACGCGCGACUCAAAUCUGCCAUAUCACUGAUUGAAUCUUUUCAGCCCGAACACAUACAGUCGUUCUGGGGCUUCGCUGCAGCUGCGCAAGUGGCCCUUGUCGGUACUUUCGCGGGUCUGUUGUGGGCGACGAGCGCCGAGAUGGAAGAAGCAACAGGAUACGUUGAGCAGCUCGAGAAGUUGCGCUGGAUCUUGCAGCUCAGGGCCCCGGCUGUUCCGUUCGCUCGCGAGGCGUUGCGCAUGCUGCAUGAGGAGGUUGGUGACCUGGCUGUCGUGAAAGCCGCGACAUUGCAAGGUUCUUGA